AUGGCACUAAUUAAAUGGUUUCUCAAUUCAGCUUGCAAUAUUUUAGGGUACCCUACAGAAGAAAAAGUAGAAGGUAACCCUAAUGGAGAUGUCAACAAUAAGUGCUUAAAUAAUUUGAAGGAGAUUAUUGGUGAAAACACUUCUUCUUAUGAGUUUCAAAUGCCUCUUCACUAUCCACAUUAUACCAAAAGUGAUUAUGAGAAGAUGGAAGAGUGGAAGGUGGAAUUGCUUCUUAAAGAGUAUGGAUUAAGUUUCGAGGGUAGUCUUGAUGAGAAGAGACGUUUUGCAAUGGGUGCAUUCUUGUGGCCUGAUCAGUAUUGA